UAUCCUCUGAUGGCUGCUUCCAGCAGGAUAAUGCACCAUGUCAUAAAGCUCCAAUCAUUUCAAAUUGGUUUCUUGAACAUGACAAUGAGUUCACUGUACUACAACGGCCCCCACAGUCACCAGAUCUCAACCCGAUAGAGCAUCUUUGGGAUGUGGUGGAACGGGAGCUUUGUGCCCUGGAUGUGCAUCCCACACAUCUCCAUCAACUGCAAGAUGCUAUCCUAUCAAUAUGGGCCAACAUUUCUAAAGAAUGCUUUCAGCACCUUGUUGAAUCAAUGCCAUGUAGAAUUAAGGCAGUUCUGAAGGUGAAAGGGGGUCAAACACCGUAUUAGUAUGGUGUUCCUAACUAUUCUUUAAGUGAGUGUAUAUUUAUAUACAUAUAUAUGAUUAGCACUGCCUAUCGGGGCUCAGUGAGCUUCCAGCACAGCAGGGGCGCUAGUGCACCUUUUCGCUGGUCAACCACCGAAAAAAGCAGAAACCGGAAGCUGCUAGCAGAGCUAGCUUGUUGUUCUGGUGCGUGAGGAGAACGUUUGAGGCUCUGUAGUAAAAAAAUGUCUUCACCUCAGUCUUUGGGAGAGUUGAUCAGCUAAAGCGACUAACUGCUGCUGCUGCUGCUGCUGCUGCAGAAAUCUUCUCACCAGGCGGUGGAAACGUUCUUCUCCUCAACAACUUGGUGGAGUUCUUUCCAGAAGCAGAGAAGAUUCUGCGGUCUUCGUGACAAUUGGAGCUCCAAAAGCAGCUGUUAGCUAAACACGGCUAAAGAAAACCUGCUACCACUUCAGGAUCAUCCAUCAGCAUGGACACAGUUUCUAUAAAGAGUGAGGAUGAAGAGAAACCUCUGACGUCACACCUUCAUCAGCUGCAACUAGACAACAGAGGUGUUCCAACCAGCAGCUCAGCUGACCAGAUGACAGCAGGAAGUAGCAGGAACCCAGAUCUGAACCAUCAUGAACAGCCAUCUGGUUCAUCUGAGACUGCAGUUUCUAUAAAGAGUGAGGAAGAUGAAGAGAAACCACUGUUCUCACAACUUCAUCAGCAGAAAUUAGAAGACAGAGAUGUUCCAACUAGCAGCUCGACUGAGCAGAAGGUGGCAGAAACCGAUGGAGGAGCAGAAACUGGCAUGAACCCAUAUCUGAACCUUCAUGAACAGAUAUCCGAUUCAUCAGAGACUGAAGUCAGUGGAGAUGAUGAAGAGGAUGAUGAUGUGAACCUAGACUCUUUCCUGUUAGACUUUAGGCCUGAAACUGGAGACGAAGAUAUUGGCUGCAAUAAGAGCAGGUCUUCUGGGCCAGAUGUUAAGGCUGUCAACAGGCCCUUUAGCUGCCCUGAAUGUGGUAAACUAUUUCUUCACAAGUGGUCUCUCCAGAAACACGUGAGACUGACAAGUCAUUCAACAAGAAGGUCUUUAGGAUGUUUGGUUAAGAAAAAGUGUGUCACAGUGAAGCAACAUGUAGACUCAUGCAGGAAAGUCCAGAAAGAAAUAAUGAGAGUCCACACAGGACAGAAGCCUUUUGCCUGUGAGGGCUGUGGUAAAAAAUUUAGCAGUAAAACACGUUUAAACAGUCACAUGAGAGUCCACACAGGACAAAAGCUGUUUGCCUGUGAGCUCUGUGAAAAAAGAUUUAGCAGUAAGACACAUUUAAACAGUCACAUGAGAGUCCACACAGGGCAAAAGCCUUUUACCUGUGAGCUCUGUGGUUUAAGAUUUACCCGUAAGACACAUUUAAAAAGUCACUUAACAGUCCACACAGGACUAAAGCCUUUUACCUGUGAGCUCUGUGGUAAAAAAUUUGCACAUAAGACAACUUUAAACAAUCACAUAAGAGUACACACAGGGCAGAAGCCUUUUUCCUGUGAGCUCUGUGAAAAAAGAUUUGGCAGUAAGACACAUUUAAAUGUUCACAUGAGAGUCCACACAGGACAAAAGCCGUUUGCUUGUGAGCUCUGUGGUCAAAAAUUUGCCCACAAUGUAACUUUAAGCCGUCACAUAAGAGUACAUACAGGACAGAAGCCUUUUGCUUGUGAGAUUUGUGGUCAGAAAUUUACCCAUAAGUCAACUUUAAACAAUCACGUAAGAGUCCACACAGGACAGAAGCCUUUUACUUGUGAGCUCUGUGGUUUAAAAUUUACCCGUAAGACAACUUUAAACAGUCACAUGAGAAUCCACACAGGACAGAAGCCUUAUGCCUGUGAGUUCUGUGGUAAAAAAUUUACCCAUAAGGCAAAUUUAAACAGUCACAUGACAGUCCACACAGGACUAAAGCCUUUUACCUGUGAGCUCUGUGGUUUAAGAUUUACCCGUAAGACAACUUUAAACAAUCACAUGAAAGUCCACACAGGACUAAAGCCUUUUACCUGUGAGCUCUGUGAAAAAAGAUUUAGCAGUAAGACAUAUUUAAACAGACACAUGAGAAUCCACACAGGACCAAAACCUUUUGCCUGUGAGAUCUGUGGAAAAAAUUUGACCAAAAAGUCAAAUUUAAACAGUCACAUGAGAGUCCACACAGGACAGAAGCCCUUUGCCUGUGAAAUCUGUGGUCGAAAUUAUCGACAGAUGGGAACUUUAAAAGUUCACAUGAGAAUCCACACAGGACAGAAGCCUUUUGCUUGUGAAAUCUGUGGUCGAAAUUACCGACAUAUGGAAACUUUAAAAAGUCACAUGAGAGUCCAUACAGGACAGAAGCCUUUUGCCUGUGAAAUCUGUGGUCGAAAUUUUCGACUUAAGGGAGCUUUAAACAGUCACAUGCUUGUCCACACAAGAUAAACGCCUUUUGCCUGUGAGCCCUGUGGAAAAAGAUUUACCCGUAAGACAACUUAAAACAAUCACGAGAGUCCACACAGGACAGAAGCCUUUUGCCUGUGAACUCUGUGAUGAAAGAUUUCACCAAAAGGUUACUUUAAACCGUCACAUGACAGUCCACACGGGACGGAAGCCUUUUUCCUGUGAGAUUUGUGGCCAAGGAUUUAGCCGUAAGACAAUUUUUGACGAUCACAUGAGUGCCUACACGGGACUGAAGAAACUCACUAUACAAGUUCUAGAAAUGAUCAUUAUAGCAGAGUGCUGAUCAUUGAUGCACUCCGCAGGCAGCUGCGUCCUGUGCACGGCCACAGUAACAUUCUCAAAGUGGCGCCAUCAAAGGAUAUAAUUGUUUAUGUCCGCUCAUAUUUUCUGUGGUACUUUGUCUUUUAUUUGUGCCUGACGUGCUCUGCUGCAGUUCAGAUCACCUUCAAAACUCAGUCCCAUACCCAGUGCCGUAUAAAGGCAUUUUGGGGGCCAAAGUAAAACUUCCUCUCACAGGGCUCCACAAAAAUAAACAAUCAAUGAUGAACAAGAGUCUGCUUCUAGACCUGCAGGAGAAAAAAAGAAAAACGACACACAAGAAUAGAACAGGAGCAAAUAAUCACUGUGUCAACCUGAUGAGGAAAUAUUAAAUCAACAUUGUUUUACAGAACAAUCAAACAAUAAUAAAUCACAGUGCAUUAAGUGCCAACCACAGCCUCAAGAAAUGUGUUGAACGUGCCCAAGUCCAUACUUUUGAGAGCACCAUGUGAGCACCUGUGUGCGUACCUGCGCUUGUAUAUAUAAGGUUUCUCUAUAGGAACGUCCAAUAGAGAGUGUGAGGGGCCACAGAUCUGCCCUCCAAAGAUGUGUAGGAGAUGGAAGGAGCUCCAAGUCUCAGAGAUCCAGGAGCUGCCCCAAAGCCCAGAGACCCCAGGGAGACUGCAACCAGAAAAGCCCCUGCCCCCCUCAAGAGGCGCAGAGAAUCGCCCCGGGAGGCCACAACCAGCAGCCGGCGGAGUCCCAGGGGAUAUCAGCGGCAAGCCUACAGGCCCGCCCGCAGCCUCCCAUCCCUAAGUCGGUCGAGCCCGGAACCCAGCAACUCGGGGACCCAGAGGCAACCAGCCCCGCCGGAUACCCAACAGAGCCCAGGGACUCAGAUCCCACCAGGUAGCCAUCGAGAUUAAUCAGGCAGAUGUCAAAAUUUUUAAACCCCCUGACCCGGGAGCCGCGAACACUCAGGCAGACCAAGGCACAACACUCCACACCAAGUGUGGCAGGGGAGAGGAGGCGAAGAUGUGUAGCAGCAAAAGUUGUUCCAGGAGAGGGGAGGAGUCAAAUGCCCCACCUGACAUAAACAGUCGUACUCAAACAUAGUCACACACUCCCUCCCUCAUGCUGUCAUAUACACGUACAACCUAAGACAUGCUGCACAAAGGUACAACCAUCAUCGGUUCUCAGAGUUCGACCCUUCCUGCUGGGGUGCUGAUGAGCAGGCUCCUCCACCCAACGCCGAACAAAGCGACCCACCACCCCAGCCAGACGGCCAGAUCCCCCUCCUAGCCUCCAUUCCCGGGAAACCAAGCAACAACAGAAGUGUGCUAAGACCCCUAGUCUCCCUCCGCCUGCUCCAAUAUAGUGUUAGUGUGUGUUGAUGAGGUGUAUUCGUGGCUGUGGUGAGCGGGCAGUGCAGGCAUCAUCUGGCCUACGCCAGCUGGGGGAGAGAGGAUUGAAAAUUCUGGAGAAAGAGUAAAACAUCAUCUCCAUAAAGACUGAUCUUUUGUUUUAUCUUCUUACACUUUAUGCCUUUAAUACCUGUUGUUUGCCUAAUUGCUUAAGUGUUUUAUAAUUUUUUUAAUCUCUUGGUUUGUUGUACCUUGUACAGCGCUUUGGGUGUAGCUUUGCUGCUGUAAAUGCGCUCUAUAAAUAAAAUUGACCUUGACCUUUCAUAAUUAUAUACACUCACCCAAAGAAUUAUCAGGAACACCACACUAAUACGGUGUUUGACCCCCAUUCUCCUUCAGAACUGCCUUAAUUGUACGUGGCAUUGAUUCAACAAGGUGCUGAAAGCAUUCUUUAGAAAUGUUGGCCCAUAUUGCUAGGAUAGCAUCUUGCAGUUGAUGGAGAUGUGUGGGAUGCACAUCCAGGGCACGAAGCUCCCGUUCCACCACAUCCCAAAGAUGCUCUAUCGGGUUGAGAUCUGGUGACUGUGGGGGCCGUUGUAGUACAGUGAACUCAUCGUCAUGUUCAAGAAACCAGUUUGAAAUGAUUGGAGCUUUAUGACAUGGUGCAUUAUCCUGCUGGAAGCAGCCAUCUGAUGGCUACUUGUUGGGAACAUGGUGGUCAUGAAGGGAUGGACAUGGUCAGAAACAAGCCCGUGGCAUUUAAACCAUGCCCAAUUGGCACUAAGGGGCCUAAAGUGUGCAAAGAAAACAUUCCCCACACCAUUACACCUCCACCACCACCAGCCUGCACAGUGGUAACAAGGCAUGAUGGAUCAAUGUUCUCAUUCUUUUUAUGCCAAAUUCUGACUUUACCAUUUGAAUGUCUCAACAAAAAUGGAGACUCAUCAGACCAGGCAACAUUUUUCCAGUCUUCAACUGUCCAGUUUUGGUGAGCUGGUGCUAAUUGUAGCCUCUUUUUCCUGUUUGUAGUGGAGACGAGUGGUACCUGGUGGGGUCUUCAGCUGUUGUAGCCCGUCUGCCUCAAGGUUGUGCGUGUUGUGGCUUCACAAAUGCUUUGCUGCGUUCCUCGGUUGUAACGAGUGGUUAUUUCAGUCAAAGUUGCUCUUCUAUCAGCUUGAAUCAGUCGGCCCAUUCUCCUCUAACCUCUAGCAUCAACAAGACAUUUGGCCCACAGGACUGCCGCAUACUGGAUGUUUUUCCCUUUUCACACCAAUCUUUGUAAACCCUAGAAAUGGUUGUGGGUGAAAAUCCCAGUAACUGAGCAGAUUGUGUAAAACUCAGACCGGCCCGUCUGGCACCAACAACCAUGCCACGCUCAAAAUAGCUUAAAUCACCUUUCUUUCCCAUUCUGACCUUCAGUUUGGAGUUCAGGAGAUGGUCUUGACCAGGACCACGCCCCUAAAUGCAUUGAUGCAGCUGCCAUGUGAUUGGUUGAUUAGAUAAUUGCAUUAAGGAGAAGUUGAACAGGUGUUCCUAAUAAUCCUUUAGGUGAGUGUAAGUUUAGAGGUUUAGGGGAGCUGAGCACUCAGAAAGCUACUUAGCCAGCAUAAAUGUCACAGUUCAGUACAUUUUAAUUUCAUUUCCAUUUUUGUGAAAGGAAAGACAAUUUCUUUAUCCACAAAUAAAAUAAAGAUUUAACAAGUCACAAACUGUGUUUAAUAGAUUAUGCUAUCAAUGUAUCUGUAUCUGGUCCCAGCUUCUUCCUGGACAAGCCGGGACUCCCAACUCCACCUCCUACCCACAUACAGGUCCUUCUCAAAAAAUUUGCAUAAUGUGAUUAAGUUCAUUAUUGUCUGUAAUGUACUAAUAAACAUUAGACUGUGUUUGAAUGUUUUUGUUAUUUGUUUAAAUGUAAUAAAAUUUCUAUUAAUUGAUAA